AUGGCUCACUCGCGCAACACUCCACAUACCCAUCUCCAGUCCGGCACAGCGGCCGCGUACAUGAACCGUGUCAUCGGCCAGACCUUGGUUCGACGCGGGUUUGAUGGCGCAGAGGCCGGCGCUCUGACUGAAAUGGAACGGCUGCUCGAGCACCACAUCCAGAGGUUAUUUGAGAAUGCACACGACUAUGCACGUCUCUCAGGCCGUAGCCUCCCACAUGCGGUGGACCUCUUUGCCGCUCAUGAAGACAGUGGAUGGGACGUUAGGAGUCUGCGACGAGAAGCAAAGCGCAAGCGUGCAGGUGUCACUCUUCCCACGUCCGAAGAGCCCCCAGAACCCGCAGCGCCUAUCAACAUCGCCUCCAUCCCGGAAGGCGACGGCGACGUCAAACCCAAGCUGGCGAAGGCACCAGAGUACGCUUGGGAUGGCGCUCCCGCUCUUCCAGAUCCAUGGACGUACAAGCCCGACCUUGUUCCCCCACCGCCACCACCAAGUUCCAAGGUCACAGCAGGCGUGCUCGAGUUUAUGAAAUUGACGGCGUCCGAGAGAGGUGAUAUUCCUGCCGAGCUGGGUCUGGUGGAUUAUCGACGAGCCGACACGAGGGAAGGAAGGAAGAAAUGGGGUGUCAAGGGUAUUGGCGCGGCGUAG